GCUGGUGGAGAAACGAUGUCAAGAGAAACUGUGCUGCAGGUGUAUCAGCCCCACCCGGACAGGUUGGGGUUCCUGGAGGGCCGCCUGUCCAAUCAGGAGCACUCCAUGGCCGUGCUGCUGGAGCAGGCCUUCCGCAUCAAGGAGGACAUCCUUGCCAACCUGCGUGCCAGCCAGGGCGCCUCGGUCAGUGAGGCCACCUCGCGCAGGCUGCUGGAGAGCCACAUCCACACCAUCACCCACAUUGUCAAGCAGCUCAGCAAGGACAUCGAGGUACUGGAAGGACAGAUCCUCCAGAGAGACAGCGUUUCGUCAGGAACCAGCUUUGCGGUCCAGAGUCUGGAUCACAAGAAUCUUGCGGGAAUUGGAGACCUGCGAGGGAGAGUUGCCAGAUGUGAUGCUAGUAUUGCCAAGUUAUCUGGAGAUGUCACUGCAGCUGGCCAGGAGGUCCACAGACUGCACAAGGAGAUCGUGGACGUCAGGGCAGCUCUAGACCUCCGCCUGAAGGAGAUGGAGCUGAAGGUCACACAGGUGCUGGAGAAGGUGGAAAACUCCCUGGCAGAGCAGAGCUCCCGCAUGAUGGCCACACGGGGAGACCAGCACCACGAAAUCCAGCUGCUGGAGCUCAAGACGUCCGGAACGCUGGCCGAGCUCAGAGGGCUGAUGGAGCGGCACCGCGAGUGGGCCGAGCAGCAGCUGAGCGGGUCGGAGCGGGCCCGGGCCCAUGGCGCCGAGCAGCUGCGCGCGCUGCUCAGGGACAGACUGGAAGAGAGUGAGAAGAAGCUCGGAGAGCAGGUCAGUGGCCUGGCUCUGCGGCUGGAGAAGGCCGAGGAGCAGCAGGAGCUCGAGGUCAGAGCCAACAGGGAGAAACGGGCUGAAGACCGGCUGAACACCAGGAUCGGGAAACUGGAAGCGCGGGUCUGGGAAGAGCUCGGCCUGAUCAGGAAGGAGUACAGAUCAGGGUUCCAGUCGAUCCAUGAUGCUCUCAGCUCUUUGAAGGAGAUUAAUGAGACCAAGUCCCGCCUGGACAAGGAGAAACUCCGAAAGGACAUCAAACAAAUCCAGAGGAAGAUUGUUCAGCUGAAAGAUGUCUAAUAAUCUCGAAACGCCAAUACAGGCUGCAGAUUCAUACAAAACCUCAUGCUGUGAUAAUAGGACAAUCGAUUUGAUUCAAGUUGAAACACAAUUACAGCUAUGAAUGUCAACAGCAUUCAAAACGUAACCACUUUUGAAGAAGCUUAAAACGAAAAACCACACAGGGCUAAUUAUGGGUUUCGGCAUGUAAAUUGAUUGUAGAUGAUAAAUCUGCCUCAUUAAUCCUGUUGAUUCUUCCUGUGAGGAAAGGACUUCAGUUGCUCAAUUAGAUGAAAUAAAAAGCAACAGCCUAGUUUUCACACAGGCUGCCCCCUUGAGGAUGUCUGGAUGUUUUGCAACAAUAACACUGUCAACAGGUCUACAACAGCUUCAGGCUACUGGCCCCCUUUUCAAUAAUAAGAGAAGUUGGUACCAAGUGGCGCAGCGACGGGAUGAUUAGAGCUGCUGCCUCACAGCUCCUGGGUCCCGGGUUCAAUUCCGGCCUGCCCCCCCACCCCACGGUGCAAAGCUACGACAGGGAUUCUAAAUCACCGUGAACACAGGAGCACGGGAAUCCUGUUGCCUUGGGCAGCGGCAGCACGCCCCCACCCGCCUGUCAGUAACCUCACCGGCCAGCCGCGCUGAACUCGUUUCCCAUCCCGAAGGGGACUGCCGCGUCAGGGCCUGGGGUCGCCCCGGCCGCACCGAGCCUCGAUCGCUCGUUCACGGGAGGGCAAACCCCUGCCCAGAGCCCGCGUCGCGCCAGAAGAGCAUCAGCAGCGAACAACAUCGUCCCAGGCACUGUACUGUUCGUGCAGGGCAGCCACAGCCCCUUGUCCAACACGUGUCCACUGGGCCGCUGACCACAAGCCCAGGCCUGCGCCUUUACCCCCCCCGGUAAACCUCUGGGUGCGUCUGCCCACUGAGGGCUCGGGGAGUUUGGAAAGGACUGCACCAGAUCCUCAGAUCAAUUAAUGAGUGAUUACCAAACAGACGAGCCGAGGGACCUCCUCUCGUUUGUAACCUUCCUUAUUGUCCCUCUGGAUGGGGUCAAAGUGACAGGUCCACGAGGGCAAGCAGCCUCGUUAUAUAAUUAAGAGCUCAAGCAGCACAGUAACCAGCAGACACCGUGUCCUCACAGCUGGACGCUGCUGCUCGUUUAUCGUCAAUCUCUGGAAAUCAACAUCUCUUGACUUAUUUAGGAAAUUAUAGAGAAUAACUGUAAAGUUACUUCAUGCUUUUUGUGUACAAGCUGCACGUUGUUAUCUGUUUCAGUGUAAGCAGACAGGACAAUGUAAUCCCAGAGUCCACUGGGAGACACUGCUGUUUGCUCACUGACAACACUGUAUUAGUUUGUCUGCAAACAAAUCCACAGUUCAGACAGCUCUGUAAGGGUACAGAUGCAAAGAACGAUUCUGAAACGAGUGGUACGAAGUGAAAGACACUAACACUUUGUUUUGAAAACAAUUUUCUGCAAUGGAAAGCAUGCAGUAACUUUUCUAAUCAUGUAUUAUUUCAUACGAAUGCAGUAUUUUCAUGUUUCCAAAUAAAAGAUUUUC